AUGGUGUUGCCGGAAAGUGUGAAGAUACGGAAGAUGUGGUGGCUUGUUGCCAUUGCUUGCCUAAUACAAGCAACUGGAGGCUCAGAAGAAUGUAAUAGGAGGAGAAGAGAUGCAAAUCCUGAAGUUCACAUGAAUGUCAGUGAGCUGAUCUGUUACAAAGGAUACCCCAGUGAAAAGUACGAAGUCUUAACAGAUGAUGGCUAUUAUUUGACAAUAAACAGAAUACCCUUUGGAAGAAAAAAUCUUACAGUCAGAGGUCCCAAGCCUGUUGUGUUACUGCAACAUGGAAUACUUGCAGAAGCUAGCUUCUGGGUCAAAAAUAUGGCCAACAACAGCUUUGGAUUCAUAUUAGCAGACGCCGGCUAUGAUGUUUGGAUGGGGAACAGCAGAGGAACGAGCUGGUCUCAGAGAAACGAGCAUUUUACAGCUGACCAAGAUGAAUUUUGGGAUUUCAGUUUCCAUGAAAUGGCCAUCUAUGAUCUUCCAGCAAUGAUCAACUUCAUUCUGAAGAAAACUGGGCAGAAGCAACUGUAUUACGUAGGCCACUCUCAAGGCGCUACCAUUGGUUUCAUCGCAUUUUCAGUCAUACCAGAACUCUCUCAGAAAGUCAACAUGUUUUUUGCCCUGGCUCCUUUAAUCUCUCUUCAGUAUUCAACAUGCCCUUUUUUGAAACUGAGCUCCAUAUUUCCUGAAUACUCAUACAAGAGCCCACUUGCCAGAGGAGAAUUUGUGUUGUCUCGCAAGCCUGUGAGAGACUUUCUGCGCAAAAUAUGCCGCCCAUCUUUUAUGCAGAAAUUAUGUGUGUGUGUCAUUUUCACUCUUUCGGGUGGAUUCAAUGCAACAAAUCUAAAUAUGAGCCGUGCAGAUGUGUAUACAGCUCGUUAUCCAGAUUCAACAUCAUCUAAAAAUUUACUGCACUGGAGACAGAUACAAGAUUCGGGGUUAUUCAGAUAUUUUGACUACGGGAAUGAUAAUGAGGCAAGAUAUAACCAGAGUGUUCCACCUUUGUAUAAAAUAGAAGACAUGAGUGUACCAACUGCAGUGUGGUCUGCUGGAAAUGACUUGAUUGCAAGCCCAGGAAAUAUAGCCGUCCUACUUCCUCGCAUCUCUAACCUAGUUUACUACGAAAAUAUUUCAUACUGGAACCACUGGGAUUUCAUGUAUGGCCUCAAUGCCCCCAAACUGUUGUAUUCCAAAAUCAUAGAGUGGAUGGGGAAGUCUCUGUAA